AUGGCAGCCGCCGACGCGACGCGUACGCUGGUCGCUGCCCUAUCGCUCGCCGUAGCCGCCUGCUGCCUCGCGCAGCUGGCGGCGGCGGACACGAACGGCGUCUACGAGCCGUGCAGCGACACGCGGAUCCAGCGCGGGGACGGCUUCACCUUCGGGGUGGUCUUUGCGGGAUACAAUACCUUCUUCUCCGGCAACACACAGCUCUCCCCCUGCGACCGCCGCCUCAACCUCGCUGCCUCCGGGCAGCUCGCCCUCUUCCGCCCCAAGGUCGACGAGAUCUCCCUCCUCACUAUCAACACCACCACCGGAUUCAACGCAGCUUCAGCUGGUGGAUUCAUGGUAGCAUUUGCUGGUAGGAAGUAUGCAGCUAGAUCUAUUCCGAUAUUUGUAUCCAACACCUCAGUUACAGUGUCCAGCUUCACCCUGGUACUUGAGUUCAAUAAAGGCAGGCUUCAAAACUUGCACUGGAAGAAGGAUGGCUGUGGUGCUUGCUCCGGCAAGUCAAACUUUGUCUGCCUUGGCAAACAAACAUGCGCCAUAAGGACGCAGAGCUGCAAGAGCCAAGGGCCUGUCGACUGCAGCAUCGGCAUCCAGCUGGCUUUCUCUGGUACGGACAAGCACGAGUCGGUUCUGAACUCAUGGUACGAAGUCUCCAACCUGAGGCAGUACUCCCUGUAUGGGCUCUACUCGAACCUCAAGGACACCCUGAGCGGCCAGUUCAACAAAAUCUUCUAG